AUGGAAGGACGGGAUUUCGCCUCUCCGGCGCACCUCCUCUCGGAGCGGGGCGCCCUGGUGCACCGGGCCGCCUCCAGGAUCGCUCCCUCCGGCCACAGCUCCGUGCAGCACGCCGGUCACUUCCCGCCGGGGAAAUAUUACCCCUCACACAUACCAAUGGCUCCCCACUCAGACCGCCACCCACAGUACACCGUGUGGCAUCAUGCCACGGAGCCCUCGCCUCGAGCGUGGGGCGUGUACACAGGCCAAACACAAAGGAGACCUACGGUUAGCCAGGCCACUGUGGUGGAGAGCAAUGAAGAUGCCAUUCCAGCCUACAACAUCUUGGAGAUCGUGCAAAGAGGAAUGGAGAGAGUGUACACCCUUGCAACAUCAGACAGAGAGAAGCCAGACCAGGGAGCUGCCUUCCCUCUCUUGCACACACAUCAUUCCAGGACUUUAUCAUAUUACAAGCUGAUCCAAGGGAACUCAGAAGACAGCAGCAAAGUGAAGCCUUCAGCCAGGCCCCUCAUGUCCAGUACUGCUCUUCAUGACCUACAGGAGGCGCCGGGCCACAGAUAG